AUGAAGUCAGAGUUGGAAAUCUACAAAGAAAAUAAUACUAGACAGUCCUCCAAAAUUCAGACCCUAAAAGCUCAGGUCAAGGAGCUGGAAGAAAUUGCUACAUCUGUAACCCAUGUAAAGUCACAGUCAGGUGCCUAUAUUUAUACUCUCAAAAGGAAGAACCAAGAGUUAAGUGAAAGAGUCUCAGAAUUAGAAAAACAUCUGAGGAUGCUUCUGGUGAGGAGAGAAAAAGCAGAGCAAAAAGCAGCUAGCUUGAAUAAGAAGUUGGCAGAGGUCACAGACAAGCUAUCCUCUUCCAUGAAUAUAGAUAUCAAAGGACAAGAAGAUCCUUUGGGAUUUUUAGUAAUAAAGUUUCCUACGCUCUUGAAGGAACAUUCACUAGAAAAGACAAGAAUUGCACUUCUUAAAAAAGCCUUGGCUACUCAAGAAAUGGAGCUUAAAGCUAGUAGGGAAACAAUAGUGAAUCUUGUUUCAGAAAUGAAAAAGAAUAAAAAAACAGCAGCUGGCCACACUGAACAACUGGCAGUAAUCAAGAAGGGAAGGGAUGAGGCUGUAUUGACCAAGAACACCUUUGAAAGCAAUAACACCAUUCUCUUAGAAAGAUUGAAAGACAAACAAAUAGCUUGGGAUAACUGUUGCCAAGAAUUGCUCCAUAAACAGAAAAAAUUCAUUGAGUUAGAUAGAGCUCUGCAUGCCUCCAUGUAUGAGACUAAAACUACACAGACUCUAUAUCAAAUCUUCAUCAGUCAACUGGCUACACUUCUGAGCAACACCUUCAUAACUGUGGCUGGGACAGAGGAAGCUAUUAAAGAAAGGAAAUAAGAAAUCUGUGGCAGUGAACAUUCUUGGAAAUCGAAAACUGAUGAACUGCAGCAGAAAGUUCUGUCACUAACCAGUCAGCUAGAACAGCAGCAUGAUCUAUAUCAUGAGGCUCUGAGUAAAUCCUAUAAAGCUGAAGAAGUGCUUCAAAAACAAAAGGGAUCCCUAAAGCGCGUGGAAAAAAAACUUGGGGCAGAAGAUUUUCUCUUAGAGAGAUUUAUCUCCAAAAGGAAGAAAGUAAAUUCUCAAAGGGAAAAAAUCAAAAUGAAGACUUGGCAGACAGAACAACUGACAGAGAAGAGCAAACAGUUCAAAAAAGGAAAAGAGCAACAGGUCUGCUUGAAUGCUGGGCAGGAUCCACAGAGCCUGAAAGCCCAGAAAGAAUCUGAGAAACUUCAGGAACUGCUUAGUGAAAUGAAAAUGUCAAAUCAAACUCUCCAGGAAAAAUUUGUGAGUGUAAAUGAUCUCAAAAAUAAAACCAUAGAAGAACUCAGUAAAUCUUUGGAAAAAGUUGAAAAGAUUAAGGAGAAAGCAGCUAGAAAGGUGGUCAGUAUGAAAACAGAACUAGACUACACAGAACAUGAGGCAAGGAAGGAGAAAGAGAGGGCCCAUCAUAUAUUGGAAGCAGUCACUAAUGAGCUCCACAGAGCAAAAAGAGCACUUGAAGAAGUAGCAAGAAGAGAAAAACAGCUUGUUGACGUUAGAGAAGCUAUUACAAAAAUUAUGGGAUUUUGCAUAAAUACAUUGGCUAUAUCAGACAAGGAGAUCAUCAGACAAUUAAAGCAAUUUAUACAAGCCUAUGAAUUUUCUAAAGUUACUUCUAACAGUGAAUCAAAACUUUUGUGUGGUUUUACAACUGGAUUUGAGAAUCAAUACUGUGUUCCAGUGACAUCCACUAGUGUUCAUUCAAAACUGCAGGGAUCCAGUGAAGAUGGAGACAGACAUCUGGAUUUUUGGCACAUCUCAAUUUGA